CCAUUUGGCCGACAACAAUGCGUCGUCGUAUAACGAACCAGUCAGCAAGUGCAUUCCAAUCGUAUAAAUUCCCCCUGCACUCCCACGCACCCGUGAUCUCCAUUCUCAUCUCAGAUCUCGCAACCAAAACCGAAGAAAGAAAGAAACGAUGUCGUACUGGGAUCGCGGCCACCAGGACGCCGGCGACGAUGUCGACGACUUCGACGAGUACGACUCCACCCCCUACGGCGGCGGCUACGACAUAACCCUCACCUACGGCCGCCCCGUUCCCCCCUCCGAGGAGACCUGCUACCCCAACACCUCCUCCUCGUCCGCCUCCGAUGACUUCGACUACGACCGCCCCCAGUACACCUCCCACGCCCAGCCCUCCGCCUACGCCGACGAAGCCCUAGACAACGAGUACAAGUCCUACGCCCGCCCCAAGCCCCGCCCUUCCUACGGCGGUGGGCCCGGCCCCGGAUCCGGUCAGGAUUACGGGUCCGGGUACGGCGGGAGGCAGGAGCCCCCGCCAGAGUAUGGAUCGGGUUACGGAAGGAGGCCGGAGCCGGUGGAGGAGCCGUCGGAGUACGGGAGGAAGACUGAGUAUGAAGAACCCAAUCAAGGGUACGGGCGUAGGCCGGAGCCCGUAUCCGAAUACGGGUCGGGUUACGGGAGGAAGACUGAGGAUGAGGAACCCAAUCCAGGGUUUGGAUCCGGGUACGGGCGUAGGCCGGAGCCCGUAUCCGAAUAUGGGCGUAAGAGUGAGUAUGAGGAGCCAAGUUCGGAGGAGUAUGGAUCUGGGUAUGGUGGUCGGAGGCCCCAGAGGAGUGAGUACGAGGCGCCCCCGCCCCCGCAGCCAGAGAGGUAUGGGGAGGAGGAAGGUGGUGGGUAUGGUGGGAGGCCACCGCAGAGGAGGAGUGAGUACGAGGCGCCGCCGCCAGAGCCGAGGUAUGGGGAGGAGGAAGGUGGUGGGUAUGGCGGGAGGCCGCCGCAGAGGAGGAGUGAGUACGAGGCUCCGCCGCCGCCGGAGCCGAGGUAUGGGGAGGAGGAAGGUGGGUACGGUGGGAGGCCGGAACGGAGGAGUGAGUACGAGGCGCCCCCGCCGAGUUAUGGGAGCUAUGGGAGGUCAGAGGAGGAAGAGUACCCCAAGCCUAGUUAUGAGAGGCGUGAUGAUGAUGAUGAGGGAUAUGGGCGUAAGAAAUAUGGAGAUAACAACUCCGAUGAUGACGAUGAGGAGAAGAAACGCCGCCAUCACCACCACCACCGCAAGAACUAUGAUGACUAGAUGGAAAUGCUGAAAGCCUUCGAAUGACAUCCAUGCCAUAAUAAGCUACUACUACUAAAUAAAGAGAAGGCUGUGUUUUCCUCCUUUCUGGCUCUACUGUUUUGACUGGUUUUGAAGUGUUAUAUACUUCAGGUUGUGUGGUAUUGUAUGAACUUCUUUAGUGUGUGCGGAUGCUUUGAUGCUUUGGUGCAAUAAAAUUUGCCAAAUCCUUUGGGCUUGUGUGUCAA